ACAGUAGUGGUAAAACACUUGGGCUAGUUUCAGACUUUGAUUGUGAUAACUAUGAUGACAAUUAUAAUGAAAAUUUGUUUGAACUCUUAGUAGAUACAGAUAGCGAUGAUGAUUUUAGUAGUGCAACUUCAUAUUCUGAAUAUUCUGAACAUGAUGAUGAACUCAAUGAAGAAGAAGAUGAUAUUAGUAAUGAUCAAUUUGAGAAAGAAA